ACUUAAAAACUGUUUGUUCUCUUUUGAAAAGUUGAAUAUUUGUUUUGCCUUUAUGUCUUACCAUUCCUCUGAAGAACAGAAGGCACACUGUAAAACCUGACACUUCCCCUUGCAUUCUGUGAGAUUAUAGCAAAAUGGAUGUACCAAAUCCCCCAACUUCCAAAUGUAUCACUUACUGGAAAAGAAAAGUUAAGUCUGAAUACAUGAGACUUCGACAACUUAAACGGCUUCAGGCAAAUAUGGGUGCAAAGGCUCUAUAUGUAGCAAAUUUUGCAAAAGUUCAAGAAAAAACACAGAUCCUCAAUGAAGAAUGGAAGAAGCUUCGUGUUCAACCUGUUCAGUUGAUGAAGCCUGUGAGUGGACAUCCUUUUCUCAAAAAGGUAGAAGAUGAGACAGUUUUGUGCAAUAUCCCCUACAUGGGAGAUGAGGUGAAAGAAGAAGAUGAGACUUUCAUUGAAGAGCUGAUCAAUAACUACGAUGGGAAAGUCCAUGGUGAAGAAGAGAUGAUCCCUGGAUCUGUCUUAAUUAGUGAUGCUGUUUUCCUGGAGUUGGUAGAUGCCUUGAAUCAAUACUCAGAUGACGAGGAGGAAGGGCACAAUGACACCUCAGAUGGAAAGCAAGAUGACAGCAAAGAAGAUCUGCCAGUAACAAGAAAGAGAAAACGACAUGCUAUUGAAGGCAACAAAAAGAGUUCCAAGAAACAGUUCCCAAAUGACAUGAUCUUCAGUGCAAUCGCCUCAAUGUUCCCUGAGAAUGGUGUCCCAGAUGACAUGAAGGAGAGGUAUCGAGAGCUAACAGAGAUGUCAGACCCCAAUGCACUUCCCCCUCAGUGCACACCCAACAUCGAUGGCCCCAAUGCCAAGUCUGUGCAACGGGAGCAAUCUCUGCACUCCUUCCACACACUUUUUUGCCGGCGCUGCUUUAAAUACGACUGCUUCCUUCACCCUUUUCAUGCUACCCCUAAUGUAUAUAAACGCAAGAACAAAGAAAUCAAGAUUGAACCAGAACCAUGUGGCACAGACUGCUUCCUUUUGCUGGAAGGAGCAAAGGAAUACGCCAUGCUCCACAACCCUCGCUCCAAGUGCUCUGGUCGUCGACGACGAAGGCACCACAUGGUCAGUGCUUCCUGCUCCAACACUUCAGCCUCUGCUGUGGCUGAGACUAAAGAAGGGGACAGUGACAGGGACACAGGCAAUGACUGGGCCUCCAGUUCUUCAGAGGCUAACUCUCGCUGUCAGACCCCCACAAAGCAGAAGGCUAGUCCGGCCCCGCCUCAGCUCUGUGUAGUGGAAGCACCCUCAGAGCCUGUGGAAUGGACUGGGGCUGAAGAAUCUCUUUUUCGAGUCUUUCAUGGCACCUACUUCAACAACUUCUGUUCAAUAGCGAGGCUUCUGGGGACUAAGACGUGCAAGCAGGUCUUUCAGUUUGCAGUCAAAGAAUCACUUAUCCUGAAGCUGCCAACAGAUGAGCUCAUGAACCCCUCGCAGAAGAAGAAAAGAAAGCACAGGUUGUGGGCUGCACACUGCAGGAAAAUUCAGCUGAAGAAAGAUAACUCGUCCACACAAGUGUAUAAUUACCAACCCUGUGACCACCCAGACCGCCCCUGUGACAGCACCUGCCCCUGCAUCAUGACUCAGAAUUUCUGUGAAAAGUUUUGCCAGUGCAACCCGGACUGUCAGAAUCGUUUCCCUGGCUGUCGCUGUAAGACCCAGUGCAAUACCAAGCAGUGUCCUUGCUAUCUGGCAGUGCGAGAGUGUGACCCCGACCUGUGUCUCACCUGUGGGGCCUCAGAGCACUGGGACUGCAAAGUGGUUUCCUGUAAAAACUGUAGCAUCCAGCGAGGACUCAAGAAGCACCUGCUGCUGGCCCCCUCAGAUGUGGCCGGAUGGGGCACCUUCAUUAAGGAAUCCGUGCAGAAGAAUGAGUUCAUUUCUGAAUACUGUGGUGAGCUCAUCUCUCAGGAUGAGGCUGAUCGACGAGGGAAGGUCUAUGACAAAUACAUGUCCAGCUUCCUCUUCAACCUCAACAAUGAUUUUGUAGUGGAUGCAACCCGGAAAGGAAACAAAAUUCGAUUUGCAAACCAUUCAGUGAACCCCAACUGUUAUGCCAAAGUGGUCAUGGUGAAUGGGGAUCAUCGGAUUGGGAUAUUUGCCAAGAGGGCAAUUCAAGCUGGUGAAGAGCUCUUCUUUGAUUACAGGUACAGCCAAGCUGAUGCCCUCAAGUACGUGGGGAUCGAGAGGGAGACUGAUGUCCUUUAGCCCUCCUGGGCCCCAUGUCAGCGCUAUGGUAGCAGCACUGUCUUUGCUUUCAUGCACACACCACUGCUGCUCGAGUUUCCUGCACUCUGUGUCUCUCACACCAAGAAUCCCCCACCCACUCCCUCUGUAGUGAGGCCUCAGCUGUGUCCAGUGGAGACAGAACUGUCUCAGUAAGAAGGGAGGCAGAGGCAGCUAGGGCUUGGGCUCCCAGGAGAGAGUAUUGCAGAAGUUGGAGACUGCAUCUCAGACCUCAGAGGAAGAGAACACAGGCUGGGGAUGGGUGACAUAUGCUAUAUUUCUUGUCACCCAGGCUGUGGGCCUCAGGAAUCUACUGGGGUGGUUCCUAAUAAGCAUUAGCCUAUAAUUCUAACUUUUCAAAUCAAGGGUCCUUAUGUAAUUGGGUUGCCAGCAUACAUCUCUGUGGUCCCAAAACCUGGAGAAGGCAGGCUAAGUUUAGCACCUGGAGCUUAUGAGUGGUCUGGGUUAAAGGCGGGCCUGGCAGGCAGCACAGACUAAAUUAAGAGGGAAGAUGGGUUACCUUACUACCUCUUCCUUCCUGGCAGGGUUCAAACUGAAAGAGUGGGUUCUAAGUAUAGAUAUGCAAUGCUGGAAGAAGGAAAGCUAAGUGCCAUCCUUUCAUGGUCAGGGUGAGAACCAGCCUGAUAAUAGUUAAACUGCUAAGCUAGAGGCCCAGCAGGCUUUGAGAAACCUCUGGAGGUUCUGGAGAUGGAUAUGUUUUCAGAUGCCUGGGGAACAAGUGCCAGUGCCAUUAGUUCUUCCAAAGUUCUAGCUUAGCAGCUGCAGGCAGCCAUUCUGCUGCUACUGAAGAAGCAUAGAGGGGUAUGCCAGGCAGACGUGGGUGCUCUGGUUCCCUGGGUCUAUAGUUUCCAGGCCUUCAUUCCCCUUAGAGGCCAGCCCCACGGAGCCACUGUUACUUACCUCUUCUGUGUAGAUGGGUGCAAACCUGGACUAGGGGGAAGAUUGUCGUCGUGAUUGACUU